AGGUAUGUCUUGAUAAGGUUCUGUUCUCACUUGGCUCGCUGUCAGACAUUGGGAACUCCUGAAGAGUGUAUCUUCACCUCCAGCGUCUGCUCUGCCGAGGCUUUCAUUCCAGCUGCCCAGUGAAUGCGUGAUCCGAUAGGUUAGGUUAGGUUUCGGAGGUCCCGACUGAUCCCGGUCUUUGCUGCAGAGUCCACAUCAAAUGUCCGAAUAUCGAUGGUGUCGAUGGUUCCACACACCAUCAGUUCGGGGCUGAGGCUUGGGGAUCACUCAUGUGUGUGUGUGUCUGUGUGUAGGUAAAGCGAUCGAUCGCACGCGAGUGCGAUCAGCCGCAACACAUCGUUUGUGCUUUGGCGUCGGGUAUGUGUGUGGCGCUUUGCUACUGCUCUCCUUCUCUCUCUCUCUCUCUCUCUCUUUCUCUCUCUCUCUCUGGCGUUCACGCGCGCGCACGCUCGCUCUAGUGCACACGGUCUCCUACUCCACCGUAGCCGUCCAUCCUAUUGCCCCCUCCCCGCUCGACCACUCCCCUCACGCCCCCCCUUCUCCAACCACCCUCUCUGCCGCACCUUUCCGCAUUCCUAGCAGCUUCCCACCCCGACAUUCGUGCUCGACGGUGUGUCCGUGCCGCGGACCUGCAGCGGACCUUCACCGCAAACCGUAGGAGAGCGGGCCAGAGAACGAGAACGAACGGCAAGCCGCAACAGCAACAAACAGAAAAAAGCCCCUCCCUCCCACCAUUGAACCCCCUUUCCUGCCUUCGUACCGGGCGCAACACACAGUCCGGGCGCGAGAGCGGUUCCGAUACACACACGUACCGACAGGUGAUGAUGGUGGUGGCGCAUGGGAGGAAGUGUGUGGUUGUGUGUGUGUGAGGUAUGGAAGCCCGCUCAGCAGCCAGCAGCAGCAGCAGCAGCAGCAGCAGCAGCGGUGGCGAGAAUGGAAACAAAAUAUGUAUAUCGUGCCAAUUUAAUUUCUGUUUCACUUAGCAUUUGUCAGUGCUGAAUCGUCCGCGCUGUAGAAUAGAUGCCUCGGGAUCGCUCCGAGCUGCCAAGCGAGGAGAGCUAGGAGUACGUGUGUGUGUGUGUGCGCGCGUCCGCGUUUGUUAUCGCAAGUCGUGUGCGAAAACGGAUGAGGUUCGGCAAGGCCUGAGUUUGUGUGGUUGGAAAAUUUUGGGGGAGAAAGGUGAAAGUUGUCGCCGAAACGCGCCGCACACAAAGCAGCCGGAGAGAGCAAGGAGCUGCCGGAGUGUGUUUGUGUGUGUGUAUGUGUGUGUGUGUGUGUGGUUAAGUAGUAAAGUUUGGGGCCGGAAGUAGGCCCAGCGCGGCAAGGACACUCUUCCCUAGACAGGUUGGCAAUAGAUUUCCCUGGUCAACAGCCAAUCAACCAAUCAACCCAACAGCACGUUGUGAGAAUCAAGCAAGUUCUGGAAAAAUUCUGCAAAAAUUCUGGAAAAAAUUCUGGAAACAAUCUGGAAGAUCCGAUUUUUGGAGUACCCAGCAACUCGAGCGCCAAAAUAGCCUGAGCAAGCCUGCCCGAUUUGAAUGCUGGGACCGACCAGGGUGUGGAAGAAGUCACGCAUCAAUCAAACGGUCGUGGUGCCACCGACGACGAGCUCAACCUUCCGCUUGCAGUCGACGACGCAGACGACGAACCCGGCGCUCGGGGAUACUCUGGCGUCUUCUUUGCUGGCGUGCUACUGCGCACUGCUGCAGGAUGCAAUAUGGUUGGGAUCGUGCACCGUACCGCCAGUAGGGUAACGCCCCCAGUGCCUGUCGGUCGGAACAGUCCGGACGAGCCCAUCCAGUGGUGCAUCAGUGGCGAGCGAGGCAGCAUCAGCAGUCGAAGCGUUUGACUCUAGGCGCCCAUUUGCGUCCCCGGCUACGCUGAAUGCGAUCCAUUAAGGCAGUUUAAGUAAACAACUGCAACCGAACAAACUGUAAACAGAAGCGAGCAAUUUGCGUCCAUACGCGAAAGCGGGGAAAAAAAGGAAAAGAAAAACAAAACCCUUGUGCUAGUGGUACUUCCAUUUUUUGGUGUGUGUAUUUUCUUUCCCUUCCGUGGGUUCACAGGGAGCGUGGUUUCGAAGUUGUGGGUUCCUCCCCACUGUGAGGUGUGAUUGUGACCAGCUCCAGGUAUCCAGGUAUCACACAGGCGCCGCACAGGCGCUCCAAAACGUUUCAGUUCGUUGCCGUACUUCCUCCAACGCCGAGCAUCAUCGGCGCACCGGGAAGUAAGUGAAUCGAGUCAACAGAAGGAAACGCGAGAGCGAGCGAGCGAGUUCCCCGCAUUUAAGCACCGUUGUGCGUGUGUGUGUGUGCGUGCUUCUUGGGUGUGCUCCAAAGCGUCUUCAAAGCAGCCAAACACCGGGUCACCAACCGGGAUCGCCCCAAGUGCACGCAGCCACCGCCGGGAGGAUGGAACAGAUCGUUACCACGAGUGUCUGCUUUUUAAUGAUUUUGGCCAUCGUUCGCGUAGGCAGCGUUCCUGCACCGAGUGACAUCAUAUCAGGGCGAGAGUUCCUAUCGAUACUCAUGAAACCGACCGCCGAAACAUCACCAUCAUCGGGUGCUGCGAAUGGUGGCGGAGCUGCUGCACCGGCGCGCAACUUCCGGGGGCUGCGCAAGUUUCGGCACUUUUACCUCGAUCAGUCCGGCACGAACGAUGACACGAUACUGCCGAUCGAGGCACUGUUCACGUCGCAGGAGGAUCUGGACCGGAGCAGCACCCGGUUCUACGGCUACCGGAGGGGCGGCCAGCGAGCCAGCAGUAAUGGUGGCUUCACCACCACCACCACAACCAGCAGUACGACACCGUCCACGACGACGGCAGAGGAAGAAGCGUUGGUGAACGGUGUCGAUCCGGGCAUCACCACUACCUCAUCACCGCCGCCACCCUCGUGGCACGUUGACGGCGAGCCAACGACGCCGCCGAUGGAGGCGAACGGUGCUACCGCGGGCGAGAGUGCCGAGCUGACGACCCUGGAUGACACUAGCACCACCACCGUGCCGCCGCCGGAGGAGGAGGAGGAUGAAACGACGGCAGCGCUGCCACCCGUGGUGGUGGCCCGGUCGCCCGGUGCGCGCUACGCCAAGCGGGCCAAAGCGAUCCAGCAGCCGGUCGAGUCGGCGGCGCACCAUUCGCACGCCCACCGGACCGAGCUGUCCGUCGAGGAGCUCAGCCCAACGAUCAGCAAGGAGGAGGACCCGGCGCCGCUCGACGACUCGGCCAAGGGGGAAUCGUCGGCGGUGGCGAAGCUGAUCGCACCGCCAGCCGGCUCCCCGCAGCGCUACCGCACGCAGCGCAAGCAAGAGUCCGCCGGCGGUCAACCCUUCCAGACGGUGCGCUACCACGACCGCAAGCCAGCUACGGGCGACGGCGGCACACUAGCCUGGCGCGAUAAUGACGGCGACCAGAAGGCGCAGCUGAAGCCGGCAAUGAGGGAGAAGAGCAGCAGCAGCAUCGGCCCGGCGCCGAUGUACUCCGAGCCGGCCCGGUUCUACUCCGAGCCGGCCCAGUACUACUCCGAGCCGGCGAAGGUGUACUCGGAACCGGCCAGGAUCUACGGCGAGCCGGAAAAGGUGUACUCGGAGCCGGCGCGCGUCUACUCCGAACCGGCGAAGGUGUACUCGGAGCCGGCGCGCAUCUACUCCGAACCGGCGAAGGUGUACUCGGAGCCGGCCAAGAUCUACUCGCAGCCGUCCAGCUACUGGCAGACGGUCUACUCGGCGCGCCCGGCGGAUCCAACGACGACGGCAGCCGCCCCAACGACGACCACGAUGCCGACGACGACGACGACGACGACGACUGCGACGGCGGAACCUGCCGCCAGCACGGAACCGUCCACCGCACCGGUGCGGCUGGUGUUUAACGAGCUGGACAAGAUCCCGUACGACCAGCUGAACGCUCCGACGGUCGACGGUGAGGAUGCCGGCAGCUCGAUCCACAGCGCGAUCGGGAAGUUUGUGCCGAAGCAGAGCCACGGCCAAGGCGCCGGCGAGGAUGACACCCGGCAGACGUUGGGCGUGCAGCAGCAGCAGCAGCAGCAGCCGGCGGUGGUGGUCCAGACGCUUGCGCCCGGCGUGCUCGGCCCGGGCGACGACUCGAAGGUGGGGUACGUGGUCGAGGGCCGCAACUACCGCAAGUACCGGGUGGAGGAGAAAACACCGGACGGGUUCAUCGUGGGCGAGUAUGGCGUGCUGUCGCACAACGAUGGCAAUCUGCGCGGCGUCCGGUAUACGGCCGAUUCCGACAUCAAUCCACGCCUGAUCUACGACGCACUGCUCAAGUUUCUCUCCCUGUGAGUGGUGUUUGUGUGCGUACAUGUGUGCGUGUGUGUGUUUAGCAUCCGAAGUCGAGUCAUACGUAGCCAAAUAGAAGAGCGAAGCGAGCGAGAGCAGGUUGUGGGCGCGCGAGCCAGCCAGGUCUGGGAGGAUGUUAGCGAAACAGACUGUAGCGUACAGGAUACAUAUAGAGGUGCGUGUGUGAGAGAGAGCGAGAGAGAUAGAGAGAGAGAGAGAGAGAAAGAGAGAGAGAGAGAGAGAGAGAGAGCGAGAAAGCGAAAAUAAAAGGGAGAUAAAGAAAACGAAGAAGAAGAAGAUUAGAAAGAAUAAGAAGUAAAAAGGAAAAGAAGAAGAUGAAGAAGAAGAAGAAGAAGAAGAAGAAGAAGAAGAAGAAGAAGAAGAAGAAGAAGAAGAAGAAGAAGAAGAAGAAGAACGAAAAAAGAAGGAGAAGAAGAAGAAGAAGAAGAAGAAGAAGAAGAAGAAGAAGAAGAAAAAAGAAGAAGAUGAAGAAGGAGCAUAAACAAAAGCGUCAAGUUGGAAGUCGUGUACAUGUAGUCGAUGCCAUAUUCCUUACCAACUCCACGGAAGAAGAAGAAGAAGCAGAAGAAGAAGAAAAAACAUAGAGGACGUCCCCAGCUUUUAGUAGAUAAUAGUGCGCACGCGACAGCUUCGCCCAACCCUAGAAAUGCUCUCACUCUCCCCCCCCCCCCCACCCUCUCCCGCCCGCGAAACUCGCUUCCGUCCACUACUACCCUUUCUACCGAUUAAUAACGCCCAAAAGCACACAGAUGCUGGCCUCAGGAUAUGCCGUAGUAGCGCUCAAUGCCUUGGAGCUCGGGACAGGAGUCUCCGCUAGUUAGAUAAUCAGUGGUGUCAAGGUCAGGUAAUCGAUUCCCCAGGCUCGUCAGUUUGCCAUAACGCUUCCGGAUGUGUGUUCUUUUCUAUCUCUCUGUACUUAACUUUACUUUAAAAAUAGGGUUAGGAGUUCCAAGUCACAACGCCCCCCCUUACCUCCAAUGUGUAUUACUCACACUGUGUAGAACUCACAGUAGUAAGCAGUCACUAGAUCGAAAAAAGAAGAAGACCAGAACAGAGUUAUUCCGAAUUUCAGUAUCAGCACAUCUUCCUCCUUCCCCUUCCCUUUAUUUGAAUUAAAAUGUGAUAAUAGCGUAGAUAUAUUAACUUAACUUAUCCUUUAGACGCGUAAGUCACCGCCACUGUGGUCUUCGCCCGCACAGCCGUGGUCUUCGCCCGCUGUAUUCUGGGGGCGCCCUCCGUCCUUCUGCCGGUAGGAGUGCCCGGACGGUUUUGCUCAAGUCAGUGUUUUAGUGUUGUCCUCCUCCCCCUCUCCUCUCCUCCUGGGGCAGGUUUAGUAGUAGGUUGUAUCUGUCUUUUAAGUUGUUGUUGUUGUGGUUUUGUGCAGAUUUGGUGGUUGGCGAUGCGCCCGAGUGCGGACGAGCGACGAGGUUGGAGCCAUAGCACCUAGUAGGUCCGAAAUCGGUUUUAUCGGUCUAGUUCUAGUAGCAGCGAAUACGACGAAAAAUAUCAAGCAGACGAGCUUACUGCACACUGUUUAGGAUCUUUAGGACAUUUACAUUAAAUCUAGAUUUACUGGGAGAGCUGCUGGACUGGAGGUAUCAAAGUCCAGGGGCUUCCCAAGGGGUAAAUAGAGUAUAAGACACCUAAGGUUAAGUGAACGGAUAGGUAGACAUCUAAUAGAUGGUAGCCGUGUGGUGUGAGGGUUGUAAGAAAUUCCUGCCUGCCUGCCAAACUAGACGCGGCUGGCAUAGGCUGGCAGUGCUCCAGAGUAGUAUGUACGGUUCGCAAAACGGAGGGCCAAACAUUGUUUUGCAGAGCGCUUAGGGUGUGAUACAAGCUAAGAGACGCGAUCGAGUAGCAGUAGCAGCAGUGGUCGUUCACAAUUCCAAGAGCACACGGCAAGUGCUCGCGUUUCGUUCCCAACCAACUCUCACGCACGCUCACUAUCUCUCCCUCUCUCUCUCUCUCUCUCGCUCUCGCUCUCUCGCCUAUUGCCUUCUUGCCAUGGUUUCGACGCCUGUGUUCGCAACCGAAACUUCCCGGCAAAACGUGUCGCUGCCGCGCACUGCCCCCCCACAUCCCUGGGGAUGACCUGUACCGCACCAGGAACCGAAUCGAUUACAUCGAUAAGCAGUUUGUGUAAUAAAUGUAUUCCUCUUUUCCACCAGCA